AUGGCCUCGUCCAAGCAGUAUCAGAUACCGCACACCCCGCGCGUCAUCUCGCCUUCGCCCACUCCUUCUGAGGCAGGCAGUGGAAAAGAUGGCUACUUCGGUCCUGUGACGCGUGCUUCGGCGCGCAAAAGCAGAGUACAAUCUCCCCAGCCUAUAGAAGAGGAUUCGUCAGGCUCAGAUCCUGAGAAGCGCGCGCGAACGAGAAGCCGCGAUCCCACACUCGAGGGAGGAAUAGGGCGCAGGAAAGUCAGCGGGUUGACGUACCGAAGGCAGCAGAACGGCGGGUUGAAGAAAGACGUCACCUUGCCGAGUGGAACGAACAACGGACAUUUGUCACCAGCAGCUGCAAACAAAAAUUACUGGAGGGAAAUGAGCCGCAGUCCAAGUCCACUCGGAUUGAUACCCAUCCACCAGGAAUGGCGGUCUUUCAUCCACCGCCAUGAAAUCCCCCGCAAGAUCCUCCACGUCUCCAUCGGCUUUGUAUCCAUCUUCCUCUACUGCACCGGCCGUCAGCUGUCGCAGAUCCACCCCGUCUUGCUCGCCAUGCUGAUCCCCGUCGCCGUCACCGACGUAAUCCGACACCGCUACUGGCAGGUCAACCGCUUUUAUAUCCGCUGUCUCGGCGCGCUGAUGCGUGAAUCCGAAGUGGAUGGUUACAACGGUGUCAUCUCAUACCUCCUUGGCGCAUGGAUUGUUAUGCGCUUCUGUCCCAAGGAUGUCGGGGUAAUGAGCAUCUUGUUGCUCAGCUGGUGCGACACUGCAGCAUCGACGUUUGGUCGUCUCUGGGGACAUUUGACGCCCAAGGUCAGAAAGGGCAAGAGCCUUGCUGGUACAAUCGCGGCAUGUGUGACCGGAAUCAUCACGGCUGUCCUGUGGUGGGGCUGGCUGGGACCCUUAUAUUCAGAGCUCAACCACGGCGACAACGCCUUUGCUUUCCAAGGCGCUCUUAUCUUGCCAGCCCGAGUGCAGCAAUCACUCGGCCUGUCUGCUGCACAGAGCUCCAUUACGGGGUAUACCGCGCUUGGUGUCAUGUCGUUGGUGACAGGCAUCAUCGCAAGCGGCAGCGAGGCGCUUGACCUGUUCGGUUGGGACGACAACCUGACGAUUCCAGUCCUUUGCGGCGCAGGACUGUGGGCCUUCCUCAGCGUCUUCGGCUGA